CUGGCUCAGGGGUGCCGUAGGGAACGGCGGGACGUUGCACCAUGUUCGACGUGGGCAUGGCGGAGAUGGUGGUCAUCGGUGGAGCUGCUAUUCUUCUGCUCGGGAAGCGCGACAUGCCUCUGGUGUUCCGCUUGGCUGGUCGCGGUGUCGGCAAGGUCUCCGGGCUGGUGCAAGGCGGAAGGGCGCGGAUGAACGAGCUUUCACAAGGCAGCGAUCUCCUCCAGCUGCAGAACGAGAUCCGAUCUAACCUGGACGACCUUCGAGUCAUCAAGGCCGAGCUACGGGGGGCGGCAAACCUGCCACCUGGAAUCACGAGAUCUUCUCACCCCGGCAGAGCUGGGGUAGGAUCAGGGACAAGGGUGGGGGGAACAAACGUAGCGGACCCAACAGAUCCGACUUCGGUCGACACACGGGGGGUUGUAUCACCGGUGGACAGAUUUCCAGUUGCCGCGGCGGUGGCAGUGGUGGGGCGGCCUUUGAGAAGCGGGAUGGCAGGGAGCGGGGUGGGGGGUGAGGCGGCGGCGAGGGUUGGAGCCAUUGGCGGCGGUGGUGGCGGUGGCGGCCGUGGCGGAGGUGGCGGAGGUGUGGGCGGGGGUUUGGGGGAGGAGUCGGCCGGGCCGGGGACGCCCUUGCCACCGCCCCGACGAGCCGUGAAGAGCGUGGCUUCGCCGGGGGGGGAUCGGCUGCAGCGGCUCGCCAUGGCGGAGAUAGGCUUUGCCGAGAAGGAGCUGUACGCCCCGAAAACAGGCAAGCAUGAAUGUGGCGGCCGGGUACAGUAG